UGGGACACAGAUGGGGUCACGAGUCAUGUGACGGCGCCUUGCAGGGGAACCUGGCUGAGCUUUGCUUGAAGUGACAGCGAGAGAACCGGGCGGCCCAGACACCCAGGCGUGGAGCUUGAUCCUGCGGGAGGAAGGGGUUCAUCAUGGCGGAUGACCUAAAGAGAUUCCUGUAUAAAAAGUUACCAAGUGUUGAAGGGCUCCAUGCUAUUGUUGUGUCAGAUAGAGAUGGAGUACCUGUUAUUAAAGUGGCCAAUGACAAUGCCCCAGAGCAUGCUUUGAGGCCUGGUUUCUUAUCCACUUUUGCCCUGGCGACAGACCAAGGAAGCAAACUUGGACUUUCAAAAAACAAGAGUAUCAUCUGUUACUAUAACACCUACCAGGUUGUUCAGUUUAAUCGGCUGCCUUUGGUGGUGAGUUUCAUAGCCAGUAGCAAUGCCAAUACAGGACUAAUUGUCAGCCUAGAAAAGGAACUUGCUCCAUUAUUUGAAGAAUUGAUAAAAGUUGUGGAAGUUUCUUAAUCUGACAGUCAUUUCAUUGUGUACCUUGUCUUUGUUGUAAUAAUACAAUAUCAAUCCAGCAAUCUUUAGACUACAAUAAUAUGUUUAUCUAUGUACUCAAGAAAAGGCCCCUUUUCCCACCUUAUACUAAAGAAAGAGCCUACAGAUAUGUUACAGACAGAUCAAUUGUAUUUCCUUGUGUAGGGUCUUUCUUAUUUAGUGAGAUAUGAGAAUACCACAAAAAUGGUUCAGGCUAUCAUGGCUCCCAUGGAGUUAGUCCAGUCAGCGAGUAUAGAUGAGAUUCUCUUCAGUGGAUCAGAAUCAAAAUGGAACAUUGAUCCACUUGAGUUGUUAAGUGCUCCCUGUUGUACAAUAUGCCCAGGCCUGCAGAAUGAAGCAGACCCUUUUUAUUGUGAAUAAUAAUGAGGACAUAUUUUUCUUCAGAUUAUGUUUUAUUUCUGUGCACUGAGUAUGAAAAAGAUAAAAUGGCUUAGUAAGAGUAAUAAAAUCAGUACAAUCACUAACUUUACUUUGUAAAUAUUAUUUUGCAAUAUAGAUGAAUAUUACUAAUUGAUUUGAUUCUUCUCAGAGGGUGCUGUUCUUUACUGAAAAUGAAAAUUAUUGCUAAUGGUUUCCCCCGACUUUGCUUUCUAUAACCAAUCAAUAUUUUAAUGUUUAUGUGUUCUUUAUAAAAUAUAAACAUGAUUUAUUGUUGAAUUCUAUUGCCAAUAUCAGUAUGUAUGUAAACAUGAUAGUAUGAGUACAUUUUUUCAUACAUGAGUAUAAAUAAAAUAAUAUUUUUAAAAAUAUAA